GUUUUAUAUUCUUUAAGCACAGAAUAAUUAGUAACAAAUAGAAAUAUAAAAAAGGAAAAUUUAGCCGGAAAACAUGGCGAGCGGUGGCGCCGGCGGUGGAAAGGUGUCAUUCAAGGUCAUUCUUACUUCCGAUCCCAAACUUCCUUUCAAAGUAUUUAGCGUACCAGAGGCAGCUCCAUUCACAGCAGUUCUGAAAUUUGCUGCUGAAGAAUUCAAAGUGCCUCCUCAAACCAGUGCCAUAAUCACAAACGAUGGAGUGGGAAUUAACCCUCAACAAAGCGCAGGAAAUGUGUUUCUUAAACAUGGGUCAGAAUUGCGGUUGAUUCCUCGAGACAGAGUUGGUGCUUGUUUGGUGUCCUCUUAAAGGUCCUUUGCCUAUGGUUCUCUUUCCCCAUCUACAUUUGAAUAGUAUCUCGGUUUAAUUAAUCAUCGGAUGAGUGAGCACUGCAGUAGUUCUCUGUUUCCAUCUUUUAUUUUCAUCUAUUUUUCCGUAUUUUUAGCUAUCUGAAUUUGACGAUCAGAUAAAAAAAAACGUGUCAUAAAUGAUAAGUCAGUGCAGUGUCUCGUCUCGUCUCGUCUCCUGGUUUCAUCUGCAAACAGUUUAUCUUUAUUUGUGUCACUGAAAUAAAUAAUAAGCAGCCUCCUUUGAACCCUAUGAUGUAUGGUAUUAACAAAAAUACUUUAUU